AGUUAUUUAUUGACUAUUUUUCCUCAGGCUGCUGUGCUUUGCUUCAGCCUGAUUUUGGGUGUUUGGACAGUGAUGUGUCGCCACCUGUGUUCUUUUCCUUGCAGUUUUCCACUCUGCCUCACCCACCGCGGCGCUCCCGCCAUCACACUGGCUUUUCUCUCUGACUUUGUGUGCAUACUAACAAUCCGCUCUUUCCCCGUCGUUCCUCUGACGUUUUGGUUUCAUAGCAGGUUGGCCUGACUUCACUCAGCAAUCUUUUCGAGGUCUGUGCCUGGUGAUCCCCCUCCCCUUACGCUCACUGCCUACAUUUUUCUUUUUUAAUUUUUUUUUUAGAUUUCCUCCCACAGUGCUCAUCUCUCUGCUGACAUCACAUGCAACCCCCCUCCCUCACUGCCUUCCCCCCCUCCCUCUCAUGAUUGCUAAUCUCUCCUUUUCGCCUACUGCCUGCCCCCACAUGUUGUCCUCUCCCAAAAAACAUAAAAGCGGGGUGAAUUUCUCUUCGUAUGUAUUCAUAAACGCUUAUGUAAAGUCCCCACUUUCCAAACGGAGGCUUCGCAAUACGACUCGGCUCCAUUUUAGGCUAAAUCAACCUCUAUUUCACAUGUAUGUUUUAAGUUUUAGAAGCUACCUUGAGAUGUUUGAUGAACUGGAGGAUGUAGUUGAAAUAAUUAGAGGCUGUUGAACUUCUCGCUUGUGUUGUAAUUUAGCGGCGGGUGGUUGUGGGGAGCAGAUGGCACUGACAGACUAACUUGGCCAAAGGCGAGUGGAGCUCAGUGCACGCUGGCAAAGACCGGAGACAAAAAGGGAGAAAUGCUUGCCUACUUUUGGAAAAAUAAAAAAGGGGCCUUAUAAUCAUUUCUUGGUUAGCUGAAUGCUAGCGAGAAAUAGAUUUUUACGUAUGCGGCCAACAGCAUCUGAAGCAAGUAGAAUUCAUGACAUCAGAUCAUCAGUAUGUCAUUUAUGAAUCGUUUUGCACAGAUGAAAGAUAAAUGAAUGUGAGUGUAUGGUCCCCCCCCAAAAAAAAAACGUAUCUCUGUUGAUGCCCCUGCCAGGAGGACAAAAAAGCAAGUGGAGGUGGAGAAGGGCGGGGAGAGAAAUAAUAAUUUCAAUUCCACCACAGAGUGGGUGAGGAGGAAGAGGAGGCGGGGCCAGGCCAGAGAGAUAGUGAUGCUCUCGGCAGGUGCCGGCAAGCGAGAGGUAGCCCAGACUGGGGAUGGAGAAGACUCGCUGAGCGCACAAGACUGCCACACAUACUUGCGCACGCAACAGCCAGUGUGUUCUCCAGUCGUCCUGCUAGAGCUCUCCAUCUCCGUCGCCAUGUUGUUUUGUUCCGUGCUGCUGGGAGCGACCCUGCUCAUCCUGGCCCCCAUGGAGAGCCCCGAAGCUCGCGCGCUUCACCCUUCUCCGGAUAGCCCUCAGUUAAUGGAGCAGCUCCUGGAUCGCUAUAACGACCUGCUGACCAUGGACGACCUGGAGAACCUCCUGAGCAGCCCGGCCGAGGAGCAAUCCACGUUGUCCUCCGGGGCCAAAGCGUCCGAGUUUCCCGCCAAAUGGGCCGACGUCCAGCCAGAGACCCCCUGGCUCCGCCUCCUCCGGGAUGCCCUGGCCAAUCGCAAGCCCGUAGAGUCUGAGCGCUCGCGGAGGGGCUGGAACCGAGGUUGCUUUGGCCUCAAGCUGGAUCGGAUCGGGUCCAUGAGCGGAUUGGGUUGUUAGUCAACAGACUGGUGUCAUCCUUUUGGGAUGGCGGGGAAGGUAAAGGCAGUUUACGCGUGUGUUAGUCGCACCUUUGUGGCUGUUGAGUAGUUAGUUGCACUGUAGUAUUUCACUCAUUCAAUAUGUUUCACAUCAAGCAGCAUUUUCUUGCCAUUGCCCGUCUUGCUUUUUGUAAAUGAGGUUAAUAGCGUUAGUCCAAUGUAAUGGCCGGUCAGUGUUGUGAUGUGUGGAAUCCUCGUCCCAAGUGCAAGUUGUAGUAGUAAAAUAACAACUAGGAGUUUAGCAGCCCAUCGUGUCCACACUUCCUGCUCUUUGUCUACUCAUGAGUUGCACCAAUAAAUAGAUUUUGACUUUA